AUGGUUUUUGCUCACAGAAUGGAUAACAGCAAGUCACCUUUGGUUGUUCCUACACUGCUGGUGCCUCUUCACAACCACAGCUGCGCAGAGACGGCCGCCCCUCUGCCGAGCCAAGACCUGACGGAGCUCUCCCCAGAGCACAGCUGGAGGAGCAACAGAACAGAUCCACAGUAUGGACCGAACCCUGGGGAAGUGGCCACAGCCAGCAUCUUCUUCGGGGCCCUGUGGUUGUUUUCUAUCUUUGGCAAUUCCCUCGUGUGUCUCGUCAUCCACCGCAGCAGGAGGACUCAGUCCACCACCAAUUACUUUGUGGUCUCCCUGGCAUGUGCUGACCUUCUGGUCAGCGUGGCCAGCAUGCCUUUUGUCCUGCUGCAGUUCUCCACUGGCCGCUGGACCCUGGGCAGCGCCAUGUGCAGGGCCGUGCGCUACUUUCAGUAUCUCACCCCGGGUGUCCAGAUCUACGUGCUCCUGUCCAUCUGCAUAGACCGGUUCUACACCAUCGUCUACCCGCUGAGCUUCAAGGUGUCCAGAGAGAAAGCCAAGAAGAUGAUCGCUGCAUCCUGGAUCUUCGAGGCAACCUUUGUGACCCCUGUGUUGUUCUUCUACGGCUCCAGCUGGGACAACCACUGCAACUAUUUCCUUCCCUCCUCUUGGGAAGGAACCGCCUAUACUGUCAUCCAUUUCUUGGUGAGCUUUGUGAUCCCGUGCAUCCUCAUAAUCUUAUUUUACCAGAAGGUCAUAAAAUACAUUUGGAGAAUCGGCACUGAUGGCCGGACAGUGAGGCGGACCAUGAACAUUGUCCCAAGGACAAAAGUGAAAACAAUCAAGAUGUUCCUCAUUUUAAAUUUGCUAUUUUUGCUCUCCUGGCUGCCUUUUCAUGUCGCUCAGCUGUGGCACCCCCAUGAACGAGACUAUAAGAAAAGUUCCCUUGUGUUUACUGCUAUCACGUGGAUAUCCUUUAGUUCCUCAGCCUCUAAACCUACUCUGUAUUCCAUUUAUAAUGCCAAUUUUAGGAGAGGCAUGAAAGAGACUUUCUGCAUGUCCUCGAUGAAGUGUUACCGAAGCAAUGCCUAUACUAUCACAACCAGUUCAAGGAUGGCCAAAAAAAACUAUGUCGGCAUCUCAGAAAUCCCUCCAUCGGCCAAAACUAUAACCAAAGACUCAAUCUAUGAUUCGUUUGACAGGGAAGCCAAGGAAAAAAAGCUUGCUUGGCCCAUUAAUUCAAAUCCGCCAAAUACUUUUGUCUGA